AAGGUCUUUAUACACCACUGAAAACAUAGUUAUGUAUAUUAUAUUGCAUUUCUGUCAAUACAUCAUCCCAAAUUUUACACAUUGCAUAAUGUGCAAACUGAAAUGUGUGUUUUACAGAAAUGUGUCUAAUAAUUACUUUAGUUUAGAUUGAAUUGAAACAAAUGAUCUGAAAGAAACUGUAAUGGACUAAUCAGUAGAAUGUAACUGGAGAUUGAGGAAGCCAUGAUGUCACACACUCCAGUAUACAGCAGGUGGCGCUAAACACCUUUAACGACAGACUGAAACCCGCCAGAAAACUAAAAGAAGAAGAAAGAUAGCUUGUUGGUUGUUGACACCUGAGGCCUCUGCACAUGCGCAUUGGCGCAGGAAACACCUUUGUGGCUAAACCUUAAGGAAAGACUAUUAUUACGGAAUAAGUGUACAUUUCGAAGUCUUAUAAACUGUCAUAAAUAUCAAAUCACGAGGUGAAAGAAAUAUCAGAGCUGCUGUUCAACACAACAGAUUCAGAGGAAGAAAAAGACAUACAAAUACUGAGAGCGAUUUCUGUCUUCCGGUUUGAAAAGCAAAGUCGGAGCAACGUCACAAAAUCUGACGUCAUCAUGUACUUCCGGCAAGAUUCGGAGUGCUGAUUGGCUCCAACAGUGAGUGAGUGAAGGAUGAUGGCAUCUGUUGAUCAGCAUUGUGACACACGAGAGGAGCAGGAAGAAGACAAGCUGAAACACAAGGAAGUCCAGAUGAGCAGCAGCGCUCACACUGGAGUCAUUGUUGAUCUGAAUGCUCAGACGGGAGCAGCUGUAAAUGCUCCUGUACUCACUGGAAACACCAUCACAGGACCAGUGAACAUCAUCAUGAACCCUGCAGGAAACGAGCCACAAAAUAUCACAGAGACAGCAGAGAAACACAGAGAAGAGAAAGAGGAUUUGAUUCUGAAAAAAUUCUUGGGAACUCACAAAACCAACAUGAUGAAGAAAGCAGAACAUAUUUUUGAGUGCAAGAAAGAAAAUGAAGCACAUCUUAAGGAUGUUUACACAGAACUCUUCAUCACAGAGGGAGAUAUGAAAGAUGUCAAUCAGGAACAUGAGAUUCUGAAGAUUGAUGAUGCUUUCAAGAACAAAAAAACACAGGACAAACCAAUCAAAUGCAAUGAUAUAUUUACAUUAUUAAGGGAAAACAAUGAGGAAAAGAUUGUGCUGACCAAGGGAGUCGCUGGCAUCGGAAAAACUGUCUCUGUGCACAAGUUCAUCCUGGACUGGGCAGAAGGAAAAGCCAAUCAGGAUAUACACUGUGUGUUCCUGCUUCCAUUCCGAGAGAUUAACAGCAUUAAAGACAGAGAGUUCAAUCUCCAUGAGUUUCUGCUGAAAUUUUAUCCUCAAUUGAAGGACCUGGAGAAAUCUAAGUUAUAUAAGGAAUGUAAACUUGCAUUUAUAUUUGAUGGACUUGAUGAGAGUCGCCUGGAUUUGAAUUUUAAAAGUGGAAUAUUGAACAAUGUUGAGGAAAGAUCAUCUGUAGACGAGCUGUUUACAAGUCUGGCUAAAGGGAAUCUGCUUCCAUCAGCUCUCAUCUGGGUGACCUCACGACCAGCAGCAGCCAAUCAGAUCCCUCCUGAGUAUGUGGGAUUGUUCACAGAGGUGCGAGGAUUUACUGACCAACAGAAGGAGGAGUACUUCAGAAAGAGAAUCACAGAUGAGACUCUGGCCUCCAGAAUCAUCUCACACAUUAAGACGUCUCGUAGUCUCUACAUCAUGUGUCACAUUCCUGUGUUCUGCUGGAUCACGGCCACAGUACUUCAGAAUAUUCUCAUCAAGAACAAUGCAGAGAACAUCAGUACAACACUCACUGAAAUGUACAUUCACUUCCUGCUGGUACAGAUGAACAUGAAGAGCCAGAAAUAUGAUGGCAAAGCAGAAAGACAACGUAAAAAGCUCUUACAGUCAAAUAGAGAAAUGAUUCUGAAGUUAGCCAAGCUAGCAUUUGAACAGCUGAAAGAAGAAAACAUUGUGUUCUAUGAGGAAGAUCUGAAAGAAUGUGGUAUUGAUGUGAAUGUAGACACUGAGUUCACAGGAAUGAUUGCUGAGAUCUUUAAGAAAGAAGAUGGUCUUCAUGAAGAAAAGGUCUUCAGCUUUGUGCAUCUGAGUGUUCAAGAGUUCCUCGCUGCAGUGCAUGUGUUCCUCUGUUACCUGAACAAGAACAUGCAGGAGCUUCAGUUUUUCUUUGAUAAGCCCAAAGAAUAUAUCACAUUGCAGAAGCUACUAAAGGAGGCUGUUGAUAAAGCCAUGAAGAGUGAGAGAGGACAUCUUGACCUUUUCCUGCGGUUUCUGAUGGGCAUUUCACUGGAAUCCAGUCAAAACCUGCUCCAAGGCCUGUUCACACACAUUGAGGACACAACAGAGAGCAUCAGGCAAACAACUAAAUACAUUAAACAAUUACAAGAUGGGUACUUUAUAUCAGAUGAAGCUUCAGUCAACCUAUUUUACUGCUUACUUGAGCUGAAAGAUCAUUCAUUAUAUAAGGAAAUCCAGAGAUACCUUGGUUCAGAUGAACAUCCAGGAAGAGAACUCUCUUCUUCAAUGUGCACAGUGCUGACCUACAUACUGCUGAUGUCAGAGAAGGUGCUGGAUGAGUUCAACCCAAAGAGAUUCACAUCAUCACAGGCAGACUACAAGAGACUCGUUCCAGCUGUGAGAUGCUGCAGAAAAGCCCUAUUUAAUGACUGUGGUCUCUCUGGUCAAGACUGUGAAAGUUUGUCUUCAGCUCUACAGUCACCAGACUCUCAUCUGACAGAGCUGAAUCUAAGUAACAAUAACCUGCAGCAUUCUGUGAAGCAGCUUUCUGUUGGACUGAAGAGUUCACACUGUCGACUAAACAUACUGAGACUACAGAGCUGUAAUCUCACUGCUCAGUCCUGUGAGAGCUUGUCAUCAGUUUUACAAUCCUCAAACUCUGUCCUGAGAGAGCUGGAUCUGAGUAACAAUGAUCUGCAGGAUUCAGGAAUGAAGCUUCUUUUUGAUGAACUGAAGGGUCCAAACUGUAAGCUGGAAAUACUGAGGCUACAUAGCUGUAAUCUCACUGCUCAGUCCUGUGAAAAUGUAUCAUCAGCUAUACAAUUGUUAAACUCUGUACUGAGAGAGCUAGACAUGACUAACAAUUGCCUGAAUGAUUCUGGGAUAAAGCUUCUUUCUGAUGGACUGAAGAGUCCAAAGUGUAAACUGGAGAUACUGAGAUUUCCCAUAUGUAAUCUCACUGCUCAGUCUUGUGAGAGUUUGUCAUCAGUUUUACAAUCCUCAGUCUCUGUUCUGAGAGAGCUGGACCUGAGUAACAAUGACCUGCAGGAUUCAGGAGUGAAGCUGCUUUCUGAUGGACUGAAGAAUCCUAACUGUCAACUGGAGAUACUGAGAUUGUCUGGCUGUAUGGUGACAUAUGAAGGCUGUCAUUAUGUGUCUUCAGCUCUGAAGCUAAACCCCUCACACCUGAGAGAGUUGGAUCUGAGCUACAAUCACCCAGGAGAUUUAGGAGCGAAGCUGCUCUCUGAUGCACUCAACCACCCAAACUACACUCUGGGCAAUCUCAGUCUCACCAGUGAAGGUCAGGUGUGGCAGCAGAGAGGCCAACAGGAGCAGAGAGAUGAUGAUGGUCAUGAUGAAGACGAUCAGUGA